AUGGAUGAUAGUUUCGGUAGUAAAUUGGAUGUAACUUUGGACGAGAAAACUAAAAAUGUGGAUGAUGUUAUCCCAGUACCCGAAGAUGAUGCAUCAUCUAUGCAGAGCUCAAUCCCAUCCCUCAUUAAGGAUGCAGAUAGCUAUGUGAGAGGAUUAUUCAGUGGCAUUAUGAACCCCUCUAGUGAUGAUGAUUCUAGUGUAGCUGAUGGAAAGAAAGAAAAGAAAGAAGACGAAGAAGAGGAAGAAGAAAAACCAUUAUUAGUUUCAAUGAAAGAUGCCUUUACGAGCCUUUUUGACAAAAGAGGUGUAGCUAUUUUGUUAUUACUAUUUCUCGUUGGAUGCGUAGUCUACAUGCACAAACAUGGAUACUUGGCCAAUUUUAAGGCCACGACCACCAUCACCACGCACAUGCUGGAUGCACUUGCAAAAACAAAGGCGCAAAACCAGUUAACAAUAGUGCCCCAGCUGGAGAAUGCCCAUGCCAAAGAGCUAAAAGAUUAG